UGUUCUUUGGAUGUGUUUGCAGUCAAAGUUUUACGAAGAUGAUUAAUAUUAUGCAUUCUGUGAACAAACCAAUGAAUCAAGUGGAGAAAUCCUUGGAUCCCCAUUUAUGGCAUGCCUGUGCUGGUGGGAUGGUUCAGUUGCCUCCUAUGAAUUCCAAAAUCUAUUAUUUUCCUCAAGGACAUUCCGAACAUGCCCAUAAAAAUGUAGAUUUAUGGGGGUUAUCAAGAAUUUCACCAUUUAUUCUGUGUAGAGUUUCAUCCAUUAAAUACUUAGCUGAUGCAGAGACAGACGAGGUAUACUCGAAAAUUAGAUUAAUCCCAUUGAGAGGUAAUGAAGGUGAUGGUGAUGAUGAGUGUGGAUUUUUAGGUUUUGAUAAGUGUGAUGAAAAGGAAAAAUCCAAUUCAUUUGCUAAGACAUUGACACAGUCUGAUGCAAACAAUGGUGGGGGAUUCUCUGUUCCUAGGUAUUGUGCUGAGACUAUAUUUCCGAGGUUGGAUUAUUCGGCCGAGCCCCCGGUUCAGACAAUUUUUGCUAAGGAUGUUCAUGGGGAGAUUUGGAAAUUUAGACAUAUAUAUAGAGGGACACCCCGGCGACAUCUUUUGACAACCGGGUGGAGUAAUUUUGUGAAUCAGAAGAAGCUCCUUGCCGGUGAUUCGAUUGUGUUCUAUAGGGCAGAAAAUGGGGAUUUACGUGUUGGAAUUCGGAGGACAAAGAGGGGUAUUGGCGGUGGACCUGAGGUGUCUUCUGGAUGGAACACUGGAGAUUCAAACUCUGCCUCUUCUAUGUAUGGGGGAUUUUCUGGUUUUCUGAGAGAAAACGGGAAUUUGACUAUGGGAAAUGUUAAGAAAGGGAAUGAAAACGGUUUGAGGGAAAUGGGGAAAGUGAGAGCUGAAUCUGUUAUUGAAGCAGCAAAUCUUGCUGCCAAUGGACAACCGUUUGAGGUCGUCUAUUAUCCACGAGCGAGCGCACCAGA